AUGCCUACUAAACGCAAAAACUCACUGGCCGACGACGAUACCAGGCCAGUCAGCAAAAGGACGAAGCCGGGCUUAAGGGCUCACGCUAAACAGCUAAUGGACCUCAUGACUGAAACUGAUAUGGCUUACACAACCGCGGACGAAGACAAGUAUACCCAGAGCCCAGGCGAAGAACCCCCGACUAACUUUGGCAAAGUCCUGACCGCGGCUGAGAUGGCAGAAGCACCACUUUGUAUCCAAAACGAGAUCGACAAAAACGGCGAAUGGGUUCCGCCACCACGCGGUGUGAAGCUGAGUGACGAAGGUGUCUAUCUGGCCGUCAAAAACAUGUCUGCUGUAGAGCGCGGAGAAAGAUUCCCAGUCGACUUCGACAAAAAUGGACACGUCCGAGCUACAUGUAUCCCAGAAGACCCUGCACCACUCGGUUGGGCACACGACCUACCUAUGAUAAUGGUGGCACAAGGAAUAAUCCCACUCGUUGGACAACUGCAUGCCAGAAAGCUGGGCAACCUCACCUUGAAAACCGACGCCAAUAUCAAAAACUCCCCGGCUUUCACGGUCGGCCCAGUGGUCGCAUCGAAAUCCGUUGUUGAAAUGAGCAGAUCGAUCCAGCGCCAAUAUGUGACCCACAAGCCCGACCGGGGGUACAAAAUGGAGUACAACUUGGAUACCGCAGUUGACGUGGUCUCCAAUGACCACCAGGACAUGGCAAUCCUCCUAGGUGACUGUCACACUGGCGCCCAAAGCCGUCUACCUUCCAGCCGACCUUUCAAGUUAUAA